UUUAAUAACAUUAAUUACUCAAAAUAUUUCUUUUAUUUUUGGAGCGUCUAUUCAAUCUCCAUGAGUUUGAUUGCAGUGAGAAAUAGGAUAAGCGAACAAAGCCAUCUGUAGAUGACAUUUCUUAAUGACUGUUUGGUUGAAAUUUUGCAAUCAACAUGGCAACAUGAAGGUGUAACAGAACUACAAUCCACAUUGGCUACAAAUGAGAUUCUAUAGUUCAUUUAUACAAAUGAAUACAUGACAUUUUUACUGCUUUGUUGACAGAAAAAAAAUAGUUUUCUUUUGCCAGUCAUGGUGCAGGCACUCAGUCAUUUGAAGUUCGGGGUGCUGGCAUAUACUUACAUCGCCCAAAGGAGGAGCUACUAAGGCCGUGGUGUGUCCAUGAGUGGGAACAGCUGAUCAAGAGUUACACCUCUCAGGGAUGUUCCCCAGAGGACACCUCAGUGGUCAGGAUGAACCCUACAAUUCAGAGUUACUUGCACUCUCACCCAAGAGGCGAGACCUGCAGAAGAAGAGAUCACAGAGCCCCAAAGUGGGGCAGACCUUGUGCAGAACUCUGCAGAAAUGCCUACAGGGUCAAGAAGAUAACUCCAUUCAUGACCUGUCGCCAGUGGAUGCUACUAGCAGCAAAGUUGAUCUUACCCUGUCUGGGGAAAACAGUAGUUCUGACUGCUGGAGUGCCACUAGGAUUCUGGAGGAUACUAUACCCAGGCUGAUUGAAAGUACCAAAAAUGAAGAAGAGAAGAUGGGGCAUGAAGAAUCAGAACAAGACUCCAGUAAAAUUGUGGAACAUAUCCUGAAAGAACUGAAAGGCAUCAACAAAAUUCAGGAGGAAAUUUCUGACUUGAGGCAGUAUCUAACAUCUGUACGAGGCUCAGUGGAUGAAGUAUCUUGUUGUGUUGAUGCUGUGCUCAGUGAAAUAAGUGAGCUGUACUCUGGGGCUUCAGCUGCACCUCACCAUAGUCCUGUUUCUAAAGCACCCCUCAACAGACGAAGAAGCCUGGGUAGACAGAACGCCAUCACAGCUCUGCAUGAGAGAGACACCUGUCCACUGUUGAAUUUCAAAGAUUGUGGAAAAGAUUCAGGAUGUAUACCAUCUAACAGGACCAAACAAGACCAAAAGAAAGAAGAACAGAAUUCAGACAUACAAAUGCUACACCCUACGCAAACUGGCCUCUGCUACAUGGAGCUGCAUCGUGGCCAUGAUUACCAAAGCACCAGCUCUUUGUCAUCUUGUCACAGUUCACACUAUCCAGAAGCAGGUUUUCUUUCUAGCGACACAGACUGUGACAAGUGGCCUUCUGCUGGUAUGCAGCUCAGUAUAAGUGGAGAAGGAGGGUGGAGUGAGGAGGACAUCUGCUCUUGUGCCAACGGUGGAGAAGAGCUAGAGAGUUGUCUAGGUGUUUGGGGUGGGUGUGCCACAGGAGAAAAACAAAGCAGUAGCUCUGAGCAUUUCUCAAUGUUGUUUGAGCUUCAUUAUAACUCUCCGUCUAGUUCUUCCAGUAUGGUGGAUUGGAGGCCCCGCACCCAACGAACUGCAGAAGAAAACCUGGAGUGUGACUGUGCUACAAACUGCCCGUACUCGCGUAGUUCAGGUUAUCACACCAUGGAUGCCUGUGCAAAUAAACAGGACAGUGGGCCCUCUAGGAGCCUGAGUUGCUCUACUGUGCUGUUGACAGAUUGUGAUGAUGGCUACCUGGAGACAUAUUCACCAUGCGAUGAUUGUCCAUCAUCUGCCGACACUCUUGAUCUAGGGUCUGUUGAGAGUUUAGACAGGGAAUGGGCGGAUCACAGCAUAUCCAGGGAUGAAGCAGGAGAAUCUUUGUCACAGGAUUCUUCUGAAAUAGAUUUUCAGGCUACACCCAACACUCCCAAUGUAGGUUUUGAUGUAACAACAUUUAGCAAGGCUGUACUCUCUUUCAAGUCAGCUUUGAAAGGGGCUUUAAAAAAGUUGGAAGCAUCUAACCCUGAAGAUAUGAAAGAUGACAGUGGGUCAGAGGCAUCUCAUUCCCCUAUCAGGCAAGCCAUUGAACCCAAGGAGGAGCAGAGCAGUACACACAAUACAGAAGGUAAAGUUAGUCUUACAGAGAGUCGCACUCAGUUUGACACUCCAAAGAAGGAAAGUGAGGCCUUGGUAUAUUCUGGUGAGACACCUGAGAACAUGUCACGCAAUCUUCAGUCUUCGUCCCCUGAUGAAACAAGCUACUCUUCCUGCACCCCUCUUGAGUAUGUAGAAAUAUCAAAGGCAAAAAUAGAAUGUCCAACUGAUAAGGAGGUGUCCAACUUAGACCCAACACUAGACCAUUCACUGGCAACGCAUGGUGAGAGUCCGAUGGUUUCGGCGCACAGUACUAAUGAGGAGCAGUUAAGUCCAAUUAGGGAAAGCAACAUAUCUGAUGAAGCUGGCCAAGAGAAGCCCACUGAUGCCAGUCACAGAGAGCGUAUUGCUAAUUUCCAGCGGAUUCUGAAGGAAAAGAGGCAAACUCGCCAUAGGCUGUCCAAAUCUGCUCAAGGUUCCCAAGGGUCCCAUGGCUCUCAGUGGUCUCAGGGAUCCCAGUCUCAAGAUGAGUUCACCUCAGAGUGUGGGAGAGAAGAUAAUCAGGGUCAAGAUGAAGAUCCCAAUGCGAGACAGGCUUGGGUCAAACCAGGUGGUGGAACUGGUCUGUAUGGAAUUGACAGCAUGCCAGACCUGCGUAAAAAGAAGCCUAUCCCCUUGGUCAGCGAUGUGGCUAUGUCACUCAUCCAAGCCAGGAAGGCAGGGAUUGCAUCUGCUAUGGCUGCACGGUCGUCAAUCAAGGAUGAGGAACUGAAAGCCCAUGUGUACAAGAAGACCCUGCAGGCCCUCAUCUACCCUAUAUCUUGCACUACACCCCAUAACUUUGAAGUAUGGACUGCCACCACGCCCACAUACUGCUAUGAGUGUGAGGGGCUACUGUGGGGAAUUGCCCGCCAGGGCAUGCGUUGCUCUGAAUGUGGGGUUAAAUGCCAUGAGAAAUGCCAAGAGCUGCUGAAUGCUGACUGUCUACAGCGCGCUGCUGAGAAGAGCUCAAAGCAUGGAGCUGAAGACCGAACUCAAAAUAUCAUCAUGGCCAUGAAGGACAGGAUGAAGAUCAGGGAGAGGAACAAACCAGAAAUCUUUGAACUAAUCAGGGAAGUGUUUGUCAUCAGCAAAGCCAUCCAUGCACAGCAGAUGAAGACCAUCAAACAGAGUGUACUUGAUGGGACCUCAAAGUGGUCAGCCAAGAUCACCAUCACAGUUGUUUGUGCCCAAGGACUACAGGCAAAGGACAAGACGGGAUCAAGUGAUCCAUAUGUCACUGUUCAGGUGGGCAAGACCAAGAAGAGAACUAAAACCAUUUAUGGCAACCUCAACCCUGUCUGGGAAGAAAAGUUCCACUUUGAGUGCCACAAUUCCUCAGACCGAAUCAAAGUACGUGUGUGGGAUGAGGAUGAUGACAUCAAGUCGAGGGUGAAGCAACGUCUCAAAAGGGAAUCGGAUGAUUUCCUGGGACAGAGCAUUAUUGAAGUUCGAACGCUAAGUGGCGAAAUGGACGUCUGGUACAACCUGGAGAAGCGGACAGAUAAGUCAGCCGUGUCAGGUGCCAUUCGCCUACAAAUUAAUGUGGAGAUCAAGGGAGAGGAGAAAGUGGCUCCGUAUCAUGUGCAGUACACCUGCUUGCAUGAGAACCUGUUCCACCAUUCGACCGAUAUGCUUGGCCAGGGUGUGGUGAAAAUUCCAGAGGCUCGUGGAGAUGAUGCGUGGAAAGUGUACUUUGAUGAUGUGGCUCAGGAAAUAGUGGAUGAGUUUGCCAUGCGCUAUGGGAUUGAAUCGAUCUACCAGGCCAUGACGCACUUUGCUUGUUUGUCAUCUAAGUACAUGUGUCCUGGGGUUCCUGCAGUGAUGAGUACCCUGCUGGCCAAUAUCAAUGCCUUCUACGCCCACACAACCGCCUCCACCAAUGUGUCCGCCUCCGACCGCUUUGCUGCUUCUAAUUUUGGGAAAGAGCGUUUUGUUAAGCUCUUAGACCAGCUACACAACUCCUUGCGCAUUGACCUCUCAACUUACAGGAACCACUUCCCUGCCAGCAGCAAAGAUCGCCUGCAGGAUUUAAAAUCUACCGUGGAUCUUCUAACCAGCAUCACUUUCUUCAGGAUGAAGGUUCAGGAACUACAGUCUCCACCCAGAGCCAGUCAAGUUGUGAGGGACUGUGUCAAGGCAUGUCUCAACUCUACAUAUGACUACAUCUUCAAUAACUGCCAUGAGCUGUAUAGCAGGCAGUACCAACCUGUGGAAACGAACAAGGAAGAGCUCCCUUUGGAGGAGCAGGGUCCGAGUAUCAAGAAUUUAGAUUUCUGGCCCAAGCUCAUCAUGCUCAUCGUCUCCAUCAUUGAAGAAGACAGAAACUCCUAUACACCUGUGCUCAACCAAUUUCCUCAAGAACUGAAUGUAGGAAAGGUGUCAGCAGAGGUCAUGUGGACGUUGUUUGCUCAAGACAUGAAAUAUGCUAUGGAAGAGCAUGAGAAGCACAGACUGUGUAAGAGCACUGACUACAUGAACCUGCACUUUAAAGUCAAGUGGCUGCACAAUGAAUAUGUAAAGGAGCUGCCAAACUUUAAGGGUGUUGUUCCUGACUACCCAUCAUGGUUCUUACAAUUUGUGCUGCAGUGGUUGAAUGAAAAUGAGGACGUGUCUAUGGAGUUUAUGCAUGGAGCAUUGGAGAGAGACAAAAAAGAUGGAUUUCAACAGACGUCUGAGCAUGCUCUGUUCUCCUGCUCCGUGGUGGACAUUUUUACCCAGCUCAACCAGAGCUUUGAGAUCAUCAAGAAACUGGAAUGUCCUGACCCUGACGUCAUGGCUCAGUACAGUCGCCGUUUCUCCAAGACAAUUGCCAAAGUCCUUUUGCAGUACAGUUCCAUUCUGACCAAGAGUUUUCCACCAUAUAUUGAUAAGGAGAAGAUUCCUUGUGUUCUGCUGAAUAAUGUGCAGCAGUUACGAAUCCAGCUGGAGAAGAUGUUUGAAUCAAUGGGGGCCCAACAGAUGGACACUGAGGCCAGUGACUUAUUAAAUGACCUGCAGGUGAAGCUGAACAACGUGCUGGAUGAGCUCAGCAGUACAUUUGGUAACAGUUUCGAGAGCCGUAUCAACGAUUGUAUGCGACAGAUGGCGUCUCUUCUGUACCAGAUCAAAGGCCCGCUCAACGCCAACACCAAAAGUCAGGUGGAGGUCGACUCUGACAACAUGUUAAGGCCACUCAUGGAUUUCCUGGAUGGCAAGCUGACACUGUUUGCGACUGUCUGUGAGAAGACUGUAUUAAAGCGUGUGCUCAAGGAGCUGUGGAGAAUUGUAAUGAGCAGCCUGGAGAAGACUAUUGUCCUGCCACAGGGAAAUGAAAACGUGGGAAUAAAUAUCCUCUCAGCUGCAAAGGAACUGGGUCAGCUCUCCAAACUCAAGGACCACAUGGCAGGGGAGGCUAAAAGCCUGACUCCCAGACAGUGUGCUGUCAUGGAUGUGGCACUGGACACUAUCAAGCAAUACUUCCACGCAGGAGGGAAUGGCCUGAAGAAGGCGUUCCUGGAAAAGAGUCCUGAGUUGUCCUCACUACGCCAUGCUCUGUCCCUCUACACUCAGACGACAGACACACUCAUCAAGACAUUUGUGACCUCCCAACAUGCACAAGUGCACAAUGGAAAGGGUAUUAGGUUAACUCCAAGUGAAAAAAUACAGCCCAUCAGGGGUUCAGGCGUGGACAAACCGAUAGGUGAGGUGUCUGUCCAGAUUGAGCUGUACACUCAUCCUGGAAAUGGGGAGCGAAAAGUUACUGUCAAAGUUGUGGGAGCCAGUGAUUUAAAAUGGCAGACAUCUGGUAUGUUCCGGCCCUUUGUGGAGAUCACGAUGAUUGGUCCUCAUCUCAGCGAUAAGAAACACAAAUUCCAGACCAAAUCCAAGAACAACAGCUGGUCCCCCAAGUACAAUGAAACCUUCCACUUUGUUUUGGGUAACCAGGAUGGCUUCGAGUGCUACGAGCUGCAAGUCUGUGUCAAAGACUACUGCUUUGGCCGUGCUGACCGAGUGGUAGGCUUGGCAGUGAUACAAUUAAGAGACAUCACGGAGAAGGGCAACUGUGCCUGCUGGUGCCCACUCGGACAACGUAUCCACAUGGAUAACACUGGACUCACCGCCAUGCGAAUCCUCUCCCAACGCUCCAGCGAUGACGUGGCCAAGGAGUUUGUGAGGCUGAAAUCAGAAGCACGUUCAGCUGAAGAAGGCAGAUGAGAGAGCUGGAGACGGAGAGAGAAAGACAAAAGAUGGAAGGUCUCCUAAUUUCAGAAUAAGUGAGGAAUCCCGUGUGACAGUCUUGUCAAAAUGCAGGGAAAUAUCUUCUGUAGAUGGCCAUGUGGCCUCUUUCUUAGACCUUUGAUGUGUCUUAGCUGCUGCUGACUGUUUGGUGUCACCUUGCCAAGCUCACCAACACCCUGUCACAUUCACACUCUGGGUAUUUCAGAGAAAUACUUGCGCUAUGUUCCUCAAACACAGGUUAUUUACAGAGCUACCGUAUACUGUAGCACACAGCCUCAUAGACACUGGUUCACUCAGCCUUUACUCUCACCAGCUGUGUCACUAGGCAGUGGUCAUAUACUCAAUCAUUUAACCUUGUUAUUUUUACUCCCUCUCUUCAUGAGCUAGUGGCACAGUGUGCAAGCCCUAGCCUCCAGGGAACAGAGGAUGCCAGGCCCCACUGGAGGGCCAAACAUGUUCCCACACCUGCCCAGUGUUGUUGUGAAAUAAGUCCUCUUAAACCUUUCAGACAUGGCCAUGCAUUUGAUGCCUUACACUCUGCAAACUGUGAAUGUGUCAAGUAAAGAAGUCUUUUGAAUGCUGUGUUCUGUAGGUCCACUGUGAUGGCUUGACUAAAUGUGAAAAUACCACCUGGUUUAUCUUAAUAAGAUUCCUUUUGAUUGACACGAGAGUGACUGGUCACUAGGUGACAGUUGUAGUCAGUUUUUAAAGAAGAUUAAAUAUUUUACAAGUGAAUCAUGUAAAGCUAAAGUUUCAGGAGAAGGUACUGAAAGUAAUAACACUUCAUCUUACCCAUUAAUUUAAAGUAUUGAAAAGGUAAAUUUGUGCCUUGCCAUAGUAUGUAUCCAUUCUAUUUUUCCCCAGGAAAGACACCAGUGGAGCAGUAAAAUCAAUAUGAUUUAAAUCAAAACCUCAUAAGAGAGAAGUGUGUGGGCAUUUCAUUGUGUACUGUAUAUUAUGGGAGAGUCCUGCUCUGGCCAUAUUUACUGUAUUUAUAAGCUCAAUUAACAGCUCUGCUUUUGCGGGCUAGUGUAACCAUGACGCUGCAGCCAUUUUAUUUAUUUAUUUUAUAGAUUUUUAUUGUUGCCUAUGCUUUUCAAAGCCCAGGAUUUAAAAUGUUGUUUACUGCAGGAAACCGACAUGUUUGCCAGAUCAUUGUAUUUGAGAAUUUGCACAGUCCAGAUGAGUUGCUUCCGUAGCUUUGUACACAUAAACAGCUGCUUCUUUACAAGGUGACAUACAUUAUACACCCUUAGAAUAAAGUGACAACCUACUGUUUAAUGAAAUUAAAACCAAAACUGGCAACUUGUGUCCUUGAUUGACGGCAGGCAAUGUCUUUUAGAGUUGUUCAUUCAUAGUAGAGAAAUAUUUACAGGUUGAACUUUCAGGUAAUGACUUUUUCCUCUUUUAAAAGGUCAUCUGAACAUUUGGACACAAGCUCCUCAGCUGCUGAAUUUAUGGUUUACAUAUAUCUUCCUGCUCUAUUUGAUUCUACUCUUCCUAUGAGUGGCCUUACUUUGGUGAAAAAAACUAACAAAAAUGUGUAUUUCUCCUUUUAUUAUGUUCUUUUAUCCUUGGAUUUCAAUGAGGAUCACCCACUUCUUUGCCCACAAUGUUGACAAAUGAGUUUUCCAUUGUACGUUCCUAAUCAUUUUGUACUAUUUAAUUUUUGAUGAUAUUGCAAACUAUACACACUAUAAGCUGCUUGUUUGUUUUUUUCCAGUCUGUUUAAUGGUUUGGGAUGACGUCACUGAAUUGUAAGAUAGGUUUGAGUUUUAUGGGCAGACAUACUGUGGUGAGAUGUGUGCCAGUGGAUUUGUUCUUAACUGAUGAUAUAUUAAAAUAUUAUACUUAAUGAAGGAUGAAUACUGCCAUAUUAUGAAAACAUCAAUAGGUGCACUUUUUAAACUGAUCACAGUCUUGGUUACACUUCACUAACCCUUGUGAAUAAUUUGUUAGUUUGAGGGUAAAUGUUUCAUUGCCAUUCUGUAAUAUACAUGGUCCUUGUGCCAUCAUUUUUUUUUUUUACCUCUAUUUUUUAAAUUUGUUAACCUGUGCACUAUUACUAAAUCAGUGCUAUAGUUAACAAGUACAGUGUGUCUGUCACAGUAACUGAUUCUUUGUGCUGUUUUCUUCUCAUUGUGACUGAAAUGUUGUCAUAAUGUAAACGUUCUGAUUCAUGAAUUUUAUAUGAAGUAUUUGAGAACUAUA